CUCCGCUGACGCUCUUGGAUGCGUGAUGGGGGUGGGACCCUGAGCCCCGAGCCCGCAGCGCAGCUGUGUGCGGGAGCGUGUGUUUGCGUGGGCGUAGCGUCGUAUCUCCCUGGAGUUCAUUGCUCUCCCAAGCCACACGGUCUCCAGCGGUGCCCGAGGCGCCUGGGGAGGUCUGGCUGACCGGUCCCAGCUGGCUGGUGGGCGGCCUGGGGGGCGGGGCGGGGAGGCUCGGCCCUCCUCCGGGGCGCACCCCUAAGGGAAGAAAAGACACCCUGGGCUGCAAGGAAAAGUUUCUUCCUGGCAGGGCAGGCUCGGCGCAGCUCCGUAAGCCGCCAGGGUGAGCCCGCCUUCCUCGCUGCGGGGCUUGGAGCCUCCAGCCCGCCCGCAGCGCAGCCCAGGCCGCCGGGCCAGCUUCGGCCGGGAGAACGCCGGAACAGCCUGGGAGGGCGGAACCACUGACUGUCCACGCGAGGACCGUGGGCACCCACUCGCGGGGCUCUCAGCCACUCUCCCCCGCAACUUUGCGUGCUUUGUUCUCUGGCUGAAAAAUGCUCCACCGAAGCGCCCUAGACCGGGUCUUCUCCAGGCGGCAAGGGCUCGGCCGGGAGACGUGUUAUGCUCUCAGCUCCCCAUCAAUUAUGGAUGGAAACAAAUAAGGAAAAGUCAAUUUUGUAUGAACCGCGUCUUUCGCAGCCAGAGGCGUCUUGUAGCCGGGAGCAGAGGCAGGCAAACCGAACCCAACUACCAGGUAGCUAAGUCGGACUUCUGAGGAGGGGGAGCUCAGAUUUCUUCUUGGCCAACCAUGGGGUUCUUUCUGCUUUGGUUCUGCAUGCUGUUCCUUCUGGUCUCCAGGUUACGGGCGGUCAGCUUCCCAGAAGAUGAUGAGCCCCUUAACACGGUUGACUAUCACUAUUCAAGGCAAUAUCCGGUUUUUAGAGGACGCCCUUCAGGCAACGAAUCGCAGCACAGGCUGGACUUUCAGCUGAUGUUGAAAAUUCGAGACACACUUUAUAUUGCUGGCAGGGAUCAAGUCUAUACAGUGAACUUAAAUGAAAUCCCCCAAACAGAGGUUAUACCAAGCAAGAAGCUGACGUGGAGGUCCAGACAGCAGGAUCGAGAAAAUUGUGCUAUGAAAGGCAAACAUAAAGAUGAAUGCCACAACUUCAUCAAAGUCUUUGUCCCAAGAAAUGAUGAGAUGGUUUUUGUCUGUGGCACCAAUGCUUUCAACCCGAUGUGCAGAUACUAUAGGUUGAGAACCUUAGAGUAUGAUGGGGAAGAAAUAAGCGGCCUGGCACGAUGCCCAUUUGAUGCCCGACAAACCAAUGUCGCCCUCUUUGCUGAUGGAAAACUCUAUUCUGCCACAGUGGCUGAUUUCCUGGCCAGUGAUGCUGUCAUUUACAGAAGCAUGGGCGACGGAUCUGCCCUUCGCACAAUAAAAUACGAUUCCAAAUGGAUCAAAGAACCACACUUCCUUCAUGCAAUAGAAUAUGGAAACUAUGUCUAUUUCUUCUUCAGAGAAAUCGCUGUGGAACAUAAUAACUUAGGCAAGGCUGUGUAUUCCCGCGUGGCUCGCAUUUGUAAAAACGACAUGGGUGGCUCCCAGCGGGUCCUGGAGAAACACUGGACUUCCUUCCUAAAGGCUCGGCUGAACUGCUCUGUUCCCGGAGAUUCCUUUUUCUACUUCGACGUCCUGCAGUCUAUAACAGACAUAAUCCAGAUCAAUGGCAUCCCCACCGUGGUUGGGGUCUUCACCACACAGCUCAACAGCAUUCCUGGUUCUGCAGUCUGUGCCUUUAGCAUGGACGACAUUGAGAAAGUGUUCAAAGGGCGGUUCAAAGAACAGAAAACCCCAGACUCUGUUUGGACAGCGGUUCCUGAAGACAAAGUACCAAAACCAAGGCCCGGCUGCUGUGCCAAACACGGCCUCGCAGAAGCUUACAAGACCUCCAUCGACUUCCCGGAUGAUACCCUGUCUUUCAUCAAGUCCCAUCCGCUGAUGGACUCUGCCGUCCCACCCAUUGCCGAUGAGCCUUGGUUCACAAAGACACGGGUCAGGUACAGGUUGACAGCCAUCGAAGUGGACCAUUCAGCGGGGCCAUACCAAAACUACACAGUCAUCUUUGUUGGCUCUGAAGCUGGCGUGGUGCUUAAAGUUUUGGCAAAGACCAGGCCUUUCUCUCUGAAUGACAGUGUAUUACUCGAAGAGAUUGAAGCUUAUAACCCCGCCAAGUGCAGCGCCGAGAGUGAGGAGGACAGAAAGGUGGUCUCAUUACAGCUGGACAAGGAUCACCACGCUUUAUACGUGGCCUUCUCUAGCUGCGUGGUCCGCAUCCCCCUCAGCCGCUGUGAGCGCUACGGAUCCUGUAAAAAGUCUUGCAUUGCGUCACGUGACCCGUACUGUGGUUGGUUAAGCCAGGGAGUUUGUGAGAGAGUGACCCUUGGGAUGCUCGCUGGAGGAUAUGAACAGGACACGGAGUACGGCAACACAGCCCACCUAGGGGACUGCCACGAAAGUUUGCCUACUUCAACUACACCAGAUUACAAAAUAUUUGGCGGGCCAACAUCUGACAUGGAGGUAUCCUCAUCUUCUGUUACCACUGUGGCAAGUAGCCCAGAAAUUACAUCUAAAGUGAUUGAUACCUGGAGACCUAAACUGACGAGCUCCCGGAAAUUUGUAGUUCAAGAUGACCCAAACACUUCUGAUUUUACUGAUACUAUAUCAGGUGUACGGUGGGAAGUCCAGUCCGGAGAAUCCAACCAGAUGGUCCACAUGAAUGUCCUCAUCACCUGUGUGUUUGCCGCUUUUGUCUUGGGCGCGUUCAUUGCAGGAGUGGCCGUAUACUGCUAUCGUGACAUGUUCAUUCGGAAGAACAGAAAGAUCCAUAAAGACGCAGAAUCAGCCCAGUCGUGCACAGACUCCAGCGGAAGCUUUGCCAAGCUGAACGGCCUCUUUGACAGUCCCGUCAAGGAAUACCAGCAGAACAUUGAUUCUCCUAAACUCUACAGCAACCUGCUGACCAGUCGGAAGGAACUGCCGCCAAACACGGAUACAAAGUCCAUGGCCAUGGACCACAGAGGCCAGCCUCCCGAGCUGGCUGCUCUCCCCACGCCAGAAUCCACACCUGUACUCCACCAGAAGACCCUGCAGGCCAUGAAGAGCCACUCUGAGAAGGCCCACGGCCAUGGUGCUUCAAGGAAAGAACACGCCCAGUUUUUUCCUUCUAGUCCUCCACCCCAUUCCCCAUUAAGUCACGGGCAUAUCCCCAGUGCCAUCGUUCUUCCAAACGCCACUCAUGACUACAAUACAUCCUUCUCAAACUCGAAUGCCCACAAAGCCGAGAAGAAGCUUCAGAACAUUGAUCACCCUCUUACAAAGUCAUCCAGUAAGAGGGAGCACCGGCGCUCUGUGGAUUCCAGAAAUACCCUCAAUGAUCUCUUGAAGCAUCUAAGUGACCCAAACAGUAACCCCAAAGCCAUCAUGGGAGAGAUCCAUAUGGCUCAUCAAACCCUCAUGCUGGACCCGGUGGGACCAAUGUCUGAGGUCCCACCCAAGGUCCCUAACCGAGAGGCAUCUCUAUACUCCCCUCCCUCAACACUCCCCAGAAAUAGUCCAACCAAGAGAGUAGAUGUCCCCACCACUCCUGGGGUACCAAUGACUUCUCUGGAAAGACAAAGGGGUUAUCACAAAAAUUCUUCCCAGAGGCACUCUAUAUCUGCUGUGCCUAAAAACUUAAACUCACCAAAUGGUGUUUUGUUAUCUAGACAGCCAAGUAUGAACCGUGGAGGAUAUAUGCCCACCCCAACAGGGGCGAAGGUGGACUAUAUUCAGGGGACACCGGUGAGUGUUCAUCUGCAGCCCUCCCUCUCCAGACAGAGCAGCUAUACCAGUAAUGGCACCCUCCCCAGGACGGGACUAAAGAGGACACCAUCCUUAAAACCUGAUGUGCCACCAAAGCCUUCCUUUGUUCCGCAAACCCCAUCUGUCAGACCACUGAACAAAUACACGUACUAGGCCUCAAGUGUGCUAUUCCCGUGUGGCUUUAUCCUGUCCCUGCUGUUGUGAGGAAGCUGUAAGGGUACCUUCAGACGAGAUACCUGCUUGUAUUUUAAGAAAAACAAGUAGCCAAAGAAACUCUGUCACUUUGGUAACACCAGAACUUGCCACAUGUAGCUACUACAGCAAGGCUUCUGUGUACUUGCCGGAGACGAAGGGAGGUCCUGCUCAUUCCAUGUCUUUCGUUUGAAGCCGAAGGGCUGUAUAGCCAGGGAAGGCUUCCUUCACCAGUGUAAAGAGCGGAUCCAGUACUCAGAAGACUGAACAAAUACUUGAAAAUGGGUUCAAUGUAGACUACCAUUCUGUGUGGUCUUCCCAUUAAAUGUGAACAUUUUAAUAUGUAUGCAUUCACCUUGCCUCUUGCACAAAUGUCAAAAUGGAAAGAUGGGAAUGUCUCAAAACAAAAUGAGCUUGGAGAUUACCAAGCAGUUUGCUGAAAAUUCAAUCUUUGACCCAAACUGUAGCAUUUUUUUUUUCCAAGUGUGGCACUGUUUUGUUUUGUUUUGCUUUCAAUGCCACCAACAAACUGUGUUAAAGAGAGGAGCGUGUGUGUGUGUGUGUGUGUGUAUGUGUGUGUGUUUGUGUGUGUGUGUGUGUGUGUGUGUGUGAGAGAGAGAGAGAGAGAGAUAUCUACCCGUUAGAAUUGAUUAGAAUUGAUUUAGGUGCCCAUUGCAUCUUUUAUACUAUGGAGUUGUUUACAGUGAGCAUGACUGAACAAGAACUAACAUCCUCCUACACCGGUCCAUCGUGUUCGGCUACGAUAAGGAAUAGACAAGGCUUCUUUGACUGUCAAGUGAUUAACAUAACCUAUGUGGUACCCGGUGUCAGAACAUGUAAGCGUUCUAAGUAAUUUUGUGCUGCUAUUCAUCAGAACAUCUAUUCCAGUCUUGCCAGCUUAAGAACUUAGAGAAAUUAAGAGGUAUCCUUGAUGUAUCUACCAGUAUUCAAUAGUAACAUUUACCUGUCCACUGUGAAUCAAAGCCUGGGGCACGCUACUCAACCUUGGACACACUUGCAGGCAUUUAUUUCAAUUGUGUUAUUUUAUUUUCCAUACAGUAAAAAAAUUUUCUCUCUUAACUCCUCUCAUCCCCCAACCCCCAAGGCGAAAGAGAAACCAAAAGUAGGACAAAAGAAAGAGACAGACAGACAGACAGAAAAGGAAUGAGAGUUGACUUGGCAGGGAGGGUCUGUGGAGCUCUAGGUGAUCCUCCCUCCAUGUGCGUCCUGUGAGGGUUUUGCUCAUGAGUCAUGCAGGCAGUGACAGUGAACUGUAAAUACCACAUGUGAGUUUACCUGGAUCUGUGCAUCUUGUGCCUUAUUCACGAGAGUGGUAGACGUUCCCAGUAUGUUGAGUGUUUCCACGAUAGAGCAUCGUUUCCCAUGUGCCACUUGUAAAGGUUUUGCAGCCAGCACCUGAAGACUUCUUAUACAGUCAUAAAGCAACCUAGAGCGAUUUGUUGUUGAGCGAUGCCACCCCUUCCCUCCAGCAUCAGAAGCAGCACCCACCCUUGCCAUGAUAAACAUUCCACCCCCUGCUGUUCUGAUAAUGUGAAGUUAGAUGAGGGUUCCCAGGGAAUGUGGCACCUGCGGAAACCAUGUCUAGAAUCAUUUUCUAUGUAGCUUGGCAAAGCCCACUGAUGGCUGCAGGUGUGUAGCCUACUGACAGCUUUGGUUAACCCACUGCACAUCACCCAGUCAUUUACCCAACUUACUCUAGAAAUGUCCCCAGCUGAGGAAGGCUCCUGAGCCAGUCAGGCAGAGUUCAAGUGAUAGCUUGGGACAGUGACAAUGGUAUGCAUUACUUGGGGGAGGAUGGGGUACAAAACACCAGAUCAUUUUUAUACAGGAUGUAGAAUACUGACGCGGUUGAUCUUUUCCUUCAAGAAUAUUCUUUUCUAUAGAAAAAUGAUUCCCUGUGAUCUUCUGGAAGCUCCAAAGCUGAAACCCUUCAGCUUUGCAACUAAAAAUAUUACAGUUUAAUAAUCAAUUAAACCAACCAACAAUAAGCACUACACAUCUGCCACCAACAACAUUGUUUGCAUUUACCUUACCAAUAUUAAUCCCAGCGUGGUAACUCUGUGUGACCCCCGAUAACAUUUUGUAACAUUAAGCUGCCUUAGAGUUUGUACUGUGAGUUCUAUCAGUAUUUAUGUUGAAAUUUCUAACAUGGAUUCUAGUCUCUAUUCUGUUAAUUUAAUUUUAAAUGCUUUAUCCAUUUGUGCAAAGGUAAACACAGAUUGUAUCUUUUUUAAUGGUACGGCAUAAAAAAAUAACCCUAAAGUGAAGUGGCUCUAUACUGUUUUAUAGAGUACUUUAACGUGUAUAGAUAUCUUGUAAACUUGUAUUGUGGAUGUGUAAAUAAUAUGUACUUUGGGUUUUUAACACCGCAUGUAAAGUCAAAAUAAAAUAUCCAAGUCAUUA